CAAAGACACUUCCGGCAUCAAACUCGUCGACCUUCAGCGUGUAAAUUAUUACUGGAUUGCCUCGUUUUCCAUUUUUGCCAGGCAAAUUUCUGCAUCAAUAACAGCUGCUAUUGGUUUUCAGCCGAACGAGCUCGAUACCUUUAAUUGGCAAUGCCAUGGAACGACAAAGUGCUAUCAGACAUCUGCAACAAGAACCAAGACACGGCGAAGGGUUAAUAACCUGGUCUGUGGACCUUUCAUCGUCCACGCAAUCGGCGACGCUGCCAUGAACGCCUGGUGGAUGGAGAGAUUGAGGGUAGAGGUGGAGAGAUUGAGAGUGGAAGAUAGAGCGAGAAUCCAGGAAAAGGAAGAGAGGAGGAUAGCAGAGUUAGAACAGCAAAGGCUGAUGGAUGUUGGGGAUAGGAGAGGUAUUGAGAUCAAUGAUAGUAGAAAAAGAGAGAGAACCUAUGUUCCAAUUUGUCUCCCGAUCCGAAAAUACGCGGGAGUGAAUUUUUCAACCAAUCGAAUAAUUCUUAAUACACCAUCGUAUAAUAAUAAUGUCUUAGAAUGA